UGGCUGCGGAGCACUGGCCCUGUCCUUCCAUCUGCCCAGAGAGGAGCAUCCGGAUCAAGGUGCUGGCCAUGUCCCAGCUGGUGGAAUGCGUCCCCAACUUUUCGGAGGGGAAGAACCAGGAGGUGAUCGACGCCAUCUCUGGAGCCAUCACACAGACCCCGGGCUGUGUGCUGCUGGAUGUGGAUGCAGGCCCUUCCACCAACCGCACCGUGUACACCUUCGUGGGGCCGCCGGAGUGCGUGGUGGAGGGGGCCCUCAACGCUGCCCGGGUAGCUUCCCGACUUAUUGACAUGAGCAGGCACCAAGGGGAGCACCCCCGCAUGGGAGCCCUAGACGUCUGCCCCUUCAUCCCCGUGAGGGGCAUCAGCAUGGACCAGUGUGUGCUGUGCGCCCAGGCCUUUGGCCAGCGGCUGGCAGAGGAGCUGGACGUGCCAGUGUACCUGUACGGCGAGGCAGCCAGGAUGGACAGUCGCCGGACCCUGCCGGCCAUCCGGGCCGGGGAGUACGAGGCCCUCCCUAAGAAGCUCCAGCAGGCUGAGUGGGCACCCGACUUCGGCCCUAGCUCCUUUGUCCCCAGCUGGGGGGCCACGGCCACGGGGGCGAGGAAGUUCCUCAUUGCUUUUAACAUCAACCUACUCAGCACAAAGGAGCAAGCCCACCGCAUCGCGCUCAACCUGCGAGAGCAGGGCCGCGGGAAGGACCAGCCAGGACGUCUGAAGAAGGUUCAGGGCAUUGGCUGGUACCUGGAUGAGAAGAACCUGGCUCAGGUGUCCACCAAUCUUCUGGACUUUGAGGUCACGGCGCUGCAUACGGUCUACGAGGAGACCUGCCGAGAAGCACAGGAGCUGAGCCUCCCAGUGGUGGGCUCACAGCUGGUGGGCCUGGUGCCCCUGAAGGCUCUGCUGGAUGCGGCCGCCUUCUACUGCGAGAAGGAGAACCUCUUCGUCCUGGAGGAGGAGCAGCGGAUCAGGCUGGUGGUGAGCCGGCUGGGCCUGGACUCCCUGUGCCCCUUCAGCCCUAAGGAGCGGAUCAUCGAGUACCUGGUUCCUGAGCGCGGGCCUGAGCGAGGCCUGGGCAGCAAGUCCCUGCGCGCCUUCGUGGGGGAGGUGGGUGCCCGCUCAGCGGCCCCCGGGGGCGGCUCGGUGGCGGCGGCCGCUGCGGCCAUGGGUGCGGCGCUGGGCUCCAUGGUGGGCCUCAUGACCUACGGGCGGCGCCAAUUCCAGCCCCUGGACGCGACGAUGCGGCGCCUGAUCCCGCCCUUCCGCGAGGCUUCGGCCAAGCUAACCAGGCUGGUGGAUGCCGACGCCGAGGCCUUCGCCGCCUAUCUGGAAGCAAUGAGGCUGCCCAAGAACAUACCUGAGGAGGAGGACAGGCGCACAGCGGCCCUACAGGAGGGGCUGAGGCGGGCAGUCUCUGUGCCGCUGACGCUGGCGGAGACGGUGUCCUCACUAUGGCCGGAGCUGCAGGAACUGGCCCGGUGUGGGAACCUGGCCUGCCGGUCAGACCUCCAGGUGGCGGCCAAAGCCCUGGAGAUGGGCGUGUUUGGCGCAUAUUUCAACGUGCUCAUCAACCUGAGGGACAUCACAGACGAGGCAUUUAAGGACCAGGUCCACCGUCGCAUCUCCAGCCUCCUGCAGGAAGCCAAGGCCCAGGCUGCACUGGUGCUGCACUGCUUGGAGACCCGGCAGGAGUGACGGCGCGGGAGGCCUCUCCGGGCUCUGUGGCCCCUCCCUCGCCCAUCCCCAGAGGGCAGAGCUGUGACCUCGGUGGGGACACAGCUUGUUCGUGUGGGGCCCAGAGGAUAGGUGGGUGGGCAGCGUGGCGUCGCCUGGAAAUGGAGGCGCUGGCAGGGACAGAAGACCCCUUAGUCCCAUGUGACCUCCAGUAAAGUUUUGGCACCAAACCUGUGUUGUGUGUUUGCGGUUUUGGGGGCAGGGCUGAGAGCUGAGCUGCAGGUCUUGGGGCAGAAGCAGGACACAUGGUCAGUGGCCCAUGGGAGCCGGGGUUAGAGGGAAUGGGGUCGAAGCGUGAGG